AUGGAAGAAAGAGAACCAAUCAAGGAAACUCGUUAUCAUUUUGCAGUUCAAUUAUACCCAUUUGCUGAACAAAUAAAAGACAAAAAGAAAAAAAGUUUAUCGUUAGAUAUUCCCCUAAACGAACCAAAAAUGAGUGGUGGAGUUUGUGAGUAUUCCUCUGAAGAAAAAAGUAUUCCUGAGUUAUAUACAACAAAAUUAUCAAAAAAAAAUAUAUCAAUAUUUCAACAAUUUGAGGACACUUUUACAAAUGAAGUUACUAAAGAUAAAACAGAUGUGUUUGAAGAAAUUAUGAAAUAUGAAUUUGGAGAUACAUUAGUUGAACAUCCAUUAGACAUGUCAAGUAAACAAACAUUUGAUAUCAUUUUAAAGUUCUGUAAAAAGAAAAAUGACUUUUCACCAACAACACAAUCUCAGUUAGACUUUUCUUAUGCAAAAGAAAGGGCAACAAAUUAUCGAGAAAUUGUUGAUACAAUGAUUAUGAAAGAAAUAGAUCAACAAAAAUUUACAUUACUAGAUUCACUUGCUAGUGUAAGUGAUUUAGAACAAUCGUUUGAUAAAAUUAAAGAAGAUAUGUGUGCAUUAUCUGAAAGAUUAAAACAAACACAAAAAAAUGUGAGAUGGUUAAUGUUAGGAAAUAUGAAAGAAUAUCAAAAAUAUCAAAAUAUAAGAAUUGUUAUUGAUAAAAUGCAUUCAAUAAAUGAAGUUAUUUCAGCUGUAAAUGAAGUACAGGAUUUAGUUGAAGAAAAAGAAUAUAAAAAAGCAAUUCAAAAAAUUGAAAUGGCAUUAGAUGUGAUUGAUUGUAAAUUAGCAGGAAUUAGAUGUAUUAGUAAAUGUGAUUUUUAUCUUAAACAAACUAGAUCUCAAUUAGAGAAGUUUUUAAAAAACCCAGAAAAAUUUGUGUUCGAAUUAUUUAAUAGAAUUCAAUUAGUAGAUGAAGUUACAUACGAUUUAAAAAGAAAAACAAUUAAAGAAGAAUUUAAAGAUUUAAUGCCACAAUUAAUUGGAUUAUUCAAAACAAUUGUUGGAAGUACUAAAAUGGAAGGAUUUAUUGAGAAGUAUUUAAAAAGUAUUGAAAAUAUUAGACAAGACAUUUGCUAUGCAUGUUUACCGUUAGAGUUUUUAAAGAAAGAAGAAUAUUUAACACUAGCUAUGACUAAACAAAAUGAUAUUGAAUUACCAUUAGAAAGAAAUAAUAAUUUAAAAAAUUUUAUAAUGAAAUUAAAUAUAAAAGAGUUUAGUAAUUAUUUCUUUAAUAUUUUAAAUAAAUUUGGAGAAAUGGAAUUACGAGCGUUUCUUGUGUUUGAUGUUUAUAAAGAAGUUAAAAAAGAAGAAAAAGUAAUUGAAAGUGAUGAAUUAAUGUUAAAAAUAAAUGAAAGAAUUGAAGAUACAAUAAUGGAAUAUUCAAUGUUAUUAUUAUCAUAUGCAAAUUUAAGAAAUAUUAAAAGAGAAGAAUAUAAAGAAUUUGAAGAACGAUAUAUUAAAACUAUUGAUCUUUUACAAACAAUUUCAAAUGGAACAUUUGAAAAAUUACAUAAAAUAAGAUCUACUUUCUUUCAAAUGUAUUUUAGUACUUUAUAUAUUUGUGGAUUUGAUGAAAUGCUUAAAAUUAUUAAAAUUGAAACAUUUGUUGCUUUAAAUAAUUCAACUAAUAUUAUUGACCUUAUUACUAAAUUAUCUCAAAUUAUUAAUCCAAGUGAUAUCUCUUGUAGAACCUUAAAAGUACAAGAUAAAAUACUUCGUUACCAAGGAGAAAAUUAUAUGAUCAUUGGUUGUUUAGAUAAUGUUGCUGCUUUUACUGAAUCAUUUUUAGAUGGAUUUUCAGUAAAUGAUUCUACUGUAACUGAUAUGAUCUUUGAAAAAUCUAAUCAAGUAUUUAAAACUUGGAUAGAUAGCACUAAAGUUUUUUAUUUUAUUAAUGUUUUAGCUUCUGAACCACCAACUGACUAUGUUUGGAAAUGUGUUUGUAUUCAUCAAUCUAUUGUAUUCUUAAUGAAAUUAACUGAACUAUUAAAUAUUGCAUUUAUGAGAAAUGAAGAUGACUUAAAUUCAUUAAAUCAAUAUUAUCAAAAUGAAUUAAAAAAUAUUAGAAAUCAAAUCAUUCAAUAUUUCAGAGUUAUUGUUAAAAAAUAUAUUAGUAGUAAGGCUGAAGAAAUGGAAGGUUUUCAUAGUGCAAAACCAUUACCAGUGCCUCCCAAGUUAUCAGGAUUAAGUAAAACCGAUCCACGAAAAAAGCCAUUACCACCAUCACCAGGUAAUAAAAAGAAUGUUGCACCAAUUAAAAUUAACGAUGUCAUUGAUCAAUUAGAAAAGAAUAUCAAUUUCUAUAUUAUCAAAUAUUUUAAUAAUCAGUAUAAAGAAGAAAUUAUGAAAGAUGAAGAAAAUGCUCUCAAUUCAAUAGAAAAAGAUUUUUCUGGAAAUUUAACAGAAGAGAAUUACAAAACAAAAAUUAGUUCCGAUAUUUCAUUUAUUCGAGAAGAAGUAGUUAAAUCAUUAAUGGAUUAA